AUGAAUCCAGAUAUAAAAAAGAAUUUUGAAAAUAAUGCAAAAAAACCUUUGUAUGUAAAUAAUCCUAGUUUAAAAAUAUUAGAAAAAAUUGAGAAAAUCUCUAUUAGUGAAGUAAAGAAACAAUUUAAAAAGCCUCAAGUUAAAGAUAACAGACAGAAAAUAAAUAUUUGGAAAAUAUCUCCUAAAAUUUUUCUAAUAGGAGAGGUUUGGGAUGGAGAGACAAAUUUUUUGGACUGUAAAAAUUUCACUGGUGAUGUACAGAAAUAUUUAGAGAAAACAAGACUAAAUAAUAAUUAUCUUUAUUAUACAACAAAUGAAAAUACAAAAUUAUCAGGGAGUAUUUUAUGCCUUAAAAAAAUUUUAUACGAUUGUAAUUUUUUUGGAGAAAUUUCAAAUUCAAUUUAUUCUUGGUUACAGCUUAGUGAUACAAAUGUGGCUUUUAUAGAAGUAAACUAUGAAAAAUUAACUUUGUUUGCAAUUUUAAUAGAAUGUGUGAAUAUUUAUUUAACAGAGAAGAUUAAUAUAGGUUUAAUUUUUUCAAAUUUUGAACAUUUUAAAAAAAAUAUUACUGAUUUAAAUACAAUUGAUAGAUACAAAAAAUAUUUUUACAAUCUCUAUUGUAAAAAAAAUGAUAGGCUAGCAACAUUAAAGUUGCACCAAAUAAUUAUUUCUAAUUACCCAAAAAUAGAAGGAUUUGACAACUUCAAGAUUUCUUUUUCAAUUCACCAAAAUCAGAAAAAUAUAACUAAAACUAAAGAUGUCGAUGAUAUUGAUAUCAUUUAUAAAGAUAAUUUUUAUAUUGUAUUAAAUAAUCUUAAUAUGGAAAUAACUGAUGAUAUUAAUUUUACUAUAGAUUUUAUAAAUAAAGAUAAAAAAAAGACAAUUUUCGAGUUUCCAUUUAAUGUAUUUUUUUACGAUCAAGGUGUAUUUAGAUACAAUAAAGAGGAUGUUUUAACUGAUAUAAAAUCUAAAUUUCAAGAUGAAUUUAAUUUUGAUUUAGUUUUUUUGGAAACUGAAAAUUAUAUUAAUUUAAGCUUAUAUGAAAACAAAUACAAUAUUAUUCAAGGAAUAAUAACAAUUAAUGAGCUUUUUAAAAGAAAUAAAAAUGAUAGCAAAUUUGAAAUGUUAUUUAAAAAGGGAUACGAAAAGAAUAUAGCUACAUUUUGCAGUUUAUUGAAUUAUUCAAAUGCAGAAGCAAGUUCUUUGAUUUCGUUGCUUGAAAAAAAAGGCUACACAAAUCUUUUUUCUCAAGGCAAAUCUCUUAAAACUACUUUUAUACAUUUCCAAAAAACAAAGAACACGGAAGAAUAUAAAAUAUUAAAACAAGAGGACAUUAUACCAAUAAAACCUUUUGAUAAAGAUAACCUGUAUAAAAAUAUACUAAAUAAAGAUUUACCGGAUAUUGAACUCAUUAAAGAUGAGGAAAAACCUUCUCUUAUACUAAAAAACCCCACCAAAAAGUUUGUAUUGAAGAAGAAAAAGAUUUUAGUUGAAAAUGUAAAUGAAAUGAAUUGUAAAGCUUUAAGACCCCUACAUUGGGUACCGAUAAAUGAUAAUGAUGGUACUAUAUUUAAAGACCUGGAUAUUUAUAAAUCAAAAUUAGAUGUUGAAAAGUUUAAAAAAUAUUUUUGUGUUAAUAGCAAAGAUACAGAACAUAUAAACAAUAAUCAGUUAAAUCAGGCAGUUACUGUUAUUGAUCAAAAAAGACUUUUUCUUGUUUCUUUAGCAAUAAGCCAUUUAAACAAAAAAAAUAUCAAUCCAAAAAACAUAUACGAUAUGUUAAUUAAUAAUCCAAAAGAUAUUUUUAUACAAGAUUUAUUAAAUUUGGAACAUGUUUUUCCGACAUAUGAAGAGACGUAUGUUUUAGCAAAUUAUGACUUUUCAAAAUUGAUGCCAGAAGAAAAAAUUAUGUUAGAAUAUUCAAAGUUAUUAGAAGUUAAAAAGAUAGUUAAAAUUUUGUUAUUUGAACGCAAAUUUUUUGAUGAAAUAUUUCUUAUUGAAAAUUUAUUAGAAAAAAUAAAAUUUACAUUUGAUAAAAUAAUAGAAAGUAAAGAUUUUAAAAUUAUUUUAAAAAUGAUAUUAGACAUAGGAAAUUUGAUUAAUUAUGAUUUUUCUGCUAGAAAAAAGAAAUCGGCCGGGUUUAUGUUAUCAAGCAUAUAUCUUUUUGUAGAUUAUAAAGGACACGAGGAUUAUUCGUUAUUUCAAUUUUUUAUGGAAAGUAUGGAAUACAAUAGCAUUUCAAUAAAUUUACAGAGAGAUUUUAAAUACCUUAAUAUAAUAAGAAAAGAACAGAUUAUAAAGAUAAAAGAAAAAAUUAAUUUUUUGAUUAAACAGUACAAAGACAAUCUUCAAAUGUAUUAUACAUUAGAAAAUGAUAAGGCAACAUUUACAAACUUUUUUUUAUUUGUAGCUGAUAAGUUAACAAAUAUAAAAAGUAAUUAUGAAAAAUGUACGGAAAAAAUUGUACUAAUUAAAAAGCUUUUUAAUGAAGAUGAUAAAAGGAGUAUAAUUGAUAUGCUUGAUUGUAUUGCUUACUUAAUAAGUAAAAUUACAAAUUAUAAGCAGCCUAUUUAUGAAACUAAUAAUAGAUAA